AUGGCGCUCCUCCUCCUCCUCUUCGUCCUGCUCCGCUUCACCACCGGCGCGGGCGCGGGCGCCGAACCGCCUCGCUCCCCGGCCACCGCGCUCUUCGUCCUGGGCGACUCCACGGUCGGCUGCGCGGCGACGGCGAGCAGCAUUCUGCCGCUGAACCUGACCACCACCGCCGCGCUGCCGUCCUCGCUCUCCGGCGGCCCGUGCCUCUUCUUCCCCGCGGCACGGCGCCGCAUCCCGGACCUCCUCGCGGCCAGGAUGGGCCUCCCUUCGCCGCCACCGAUCUCCGCGCUCAACGGCACCGCGUCCGAAGCCGCGCGGGGCGUCAACUUCGGCGGCGGCGGCGGGCAGCUGUUCUACUACGGCGGCGGCGAGCGCGGGUCACCGUUUUCGUCGGUGUUCCGCAUGGGCGCCGUUGGGCAGCAGGUCCGCCUCGCCUCCGAGACGCUGCAGCUUCUGCAGCUCGAGGCCGCCGCGCCGGGGGAGUGGGAGUCCUCCGCGGUGUUCGUCCUGUCCUUCGGCGCCGACGCCUACGCGCGCCUGCUCGCGCGCGGGCCCGCCGAGGCCGACGCCGCCGCGCCCAAGCACGGCCGCCGCGGGUUCGCCCGCCUCCUCGCCGACCGCGUCGCGCGCGCCGUCUCGGAGCUGUACGAGGCCGGCGUGCGGAGGGUGGCGGUGAUGGGGGUGCCGCCGCUGGGGUGCGCGCCGCGCGUCAUGUGGGAGCGGAUCCCCACCCGCGAUGGCGGCUGCGUGGAGGAGGCGAACGGGCUGAUCGAAGCGUACAACGCCAAGCUCGCGGCGAGGCUGGACGACCUGCGGCCGCAGCUGGCCGGCGCCGACAUUGUGUUUUGCGACGUGUACAAGGGGAUGAUGGAGAUCAUCUCCAAUCCCAGCACGUACGGAUUGGAGGAGACGAUGGAGGCGUGCUGCGGGCUGGGCCCCUUGAGGGCGACGGUGGGGUGCGUCAGCAAGGAGAUGGCGUGCGCCACGCCGGAGCGCCACGUGUGGUGGGACCUCUACAGCCCCACGGAGGCCGCCGACGCCCUCGUCGCCAACUGGUCCUGGACGUCGUCGUCGGACUCCGGCGCCGCCGGCGCCGCGGGCGCCACGAGCAUCUGCGGCCCCAUCUCUCUGCAGCAGCUGGCUGGCCGGUCGCCGCCGCCGGCGGAGGUGUAG